AUGGCGGAACCUGAACCUAACUCCAGUAUAGAACCUGAACCUAACUCCAGUAUAGAACCUGAACCUAACUCCAGUAUAGAACCUGAACCUAACUCCAGUAUAGAACCUGAACCUAACUGCAGUAUAGAACCUGAACCUAACUGCAGUAUAGAACCUGAACCUUACUCCGGUAUAGAACCUGAACCUAACUGCAGUAUAGAACCUAAACCUAACCGCAGUUUAAAAUCCGAACCUAACUCCAAACCUAAACCUAACUCCAAUAUAGAACCUGAACCUAACUACAGUGUAGAACCUGAAGCUAAGUACAGUAUAGAACCUAAACCUAACUCCAGUAUAGAACCUGAACCUAACUGCAGUUUAGAACCUGAACUUAACUCCAGUAUAGAACCUGAACCUAACUCCAGUAUAGAACCUGAACCUAACUCCAGUAUAGAACCUGAACCUAACUCCAAUAUAGAACCUAAACCUAACUCCAAUAUAGAACCUGAACCUAACUCCAACAUAGAACCUAAACCUAACUCCAAUAUAGAAUCUAAACCUAACUCCAGAAUAGAACCUGAACCUAACUCCAAUAUAGAACCUAAAUCUAACUGCAGUAAAAACCUUGAAUCUAAGUAA